UUGAAGGAGAAGUGUCCAACAGACACGUGCGGAGACACAAGUAAGCAACAAACGUGUAAAGAACAAUGUGAAAAAUAUCAAAAAUUUAUUGAACCAUGGAAAACUCAAUAUCUAAAACAGAGCAAAAAAUAUUUUAACAUUAAAGGAAUUAUUCAAAAUAGAAAUGUGCCAACAAAUGCAUAUGAAUAUUUACAUUCACAAUUAAAGGAUCGUUGUAAAAACGGUGAAUGUAAUUGUAUGAAAGACGAAUCCAAGACUACCUCCUCAAACCAUCGACAUACUAAGAUUGGUGGUAGCAUUGAUGGUUCUACUGGUAAUCUCAUAUCUGAAUCUCACGAUACACAUAUGCCCGCAUCAUUCGACGAUGAACCGGAAGACGUGAGAGAACAAUGUAAGUGCGCAUUGCCGCCGUCACCAACAACUCUACAUAGUGGACCUGGUGGAGGAGGCCGUGGUGGCAAUCCACAACCUGGGGGUUCUUCAGCUGGUACACCUGAUGGAGGUAUUACUGGAGGUGUUAGUGGCGGAGGAUCACCACCAUCUCCAACUUCACCAUCACCUUCACCUUCAACACCAGGAACUAAACAAGAUACAAAAUCAGAAAAAAAAUACAUUCCUAAACCUAAAGAUCCUUUGAAUUGUGUAGACGAAGCAGCAUAUUAUAUAGGAAAAGAGGCAGAAAAUGCUUUAGAUGAUGUGAAAAGUAAAUUAAAGGGGAACAUAGAACCUAUUGAUUCUACAAAAGAAAAUAACAAUUUUUCUACUAACAAUAGUUGCGACCUCAAAAUACCUUUUUUGUGCAAAAAAUUUGGACGCAGAAAAAACCCAUGUGGAAAUAAAGGAGGAAAUAUUUUUAAUGUAAAUACUGAAUGGCAAUGUUACAGAAAUUUAAGUCUUUAUAAAGGAAAAAAAGGAGUAUGUAUACCUCCAAGAAGAGAACAUAUGUGCACAAAACCACUAGAAUACAUGAGAACAGGAAAAUAUUCUACCGAAGAAUUAUUGAAAGUAUUAUUGCAUAUUGCUGCUUAUGAAGGAAAAGAUAUAAAUGAUCAAUGGGAAAAAAUAGAAGAUGGGAAAAAAAAGAAGUACGAAUUAUGUGAUGCUAUGAAAUACAGUUUCGCCGAUCUAGGUGAUAUUGUAAGAGGAACUGAUAUGCUAUUUCCAAAGGGUAGAGUUCCUGCUGUUGAAAAAAAAUUGAAAGAAGUUUUUGAAAACAUAUAUGAAAAAUUGAAAAACAAAAAUGACGUUAUUACAAAUAAAUAUCCCGAUGUAUCAUCUUUCCGUUCCGCCUGGUGGGAUGCAAAUAGGAAACAUGUUUGGGAAGCAAUCACUUUUUUUGCUC